AUGGCUCUUGUAGUUCAUCUAAAAAAGGUCACGGAGCUUCGUGGGAAAGGGGACAGAAUAGCGAAAGUCACGUUCAGAGGUCUGUCAUUCUACAGCAGGGUGCUGGAGGGUUGUGAAGAUGAGGCCAGAUUUGAACAGGCUUUUCGAUGGCCAGUUGCCAGCAAGGUGGAUGGAAAUGAGAUGUUGGAGAUCCAGGUGUUCAACUACAGCAAAGUCUUCACCAACAGGUUGAUUGGCACGUUCCGGAUGGUUCUGCAGAAGGUGGUGGAGGAAGGCUAUCUAGAGGUGUCUGACACCCUCUUAGAUGACAACAACACAGCCAUACGGACAAGUGUAUCCAUAGAGAUUAAAUAUCAGACCAUGGAUGGAAGUUUGAGGGUGUGGGGUGAUGGAGAAUUUCUUGACAUUCCAGACGAACAUGACGGAAAUUUUCAGUUUGAGACGGACAGCUUGCUCUCAAGACAUAGUCACGGAUCUCGAACCUCACUAGGACGAUCCAGCCAGAGCAUUCCUGCGUUCAAGAAAGCAGGGAAAGGAGUAUUUUCUGCCAUGAAGUUGGGAAAAGUCCGCAGCGCCAAAGAUGAGCACAAGAAAGGAGAUGAUCCUGCCAUUUUGGACAUGGAGGACUUGGAUCACAAAGCCAUGCGUUUGCGAGGGGGUUUGGACCCAGACUGUAUCUCUCUGGCUUCUGUUACAGCUGUUACCACCAACGUCUCUAACAAGAGAUCGAAACCUGACAUCAAGAUGGAGCCUAGCGCGGGCAGGCCGGUCGAUUAUCAGAUCAGUGUGACAGUGAUCGAAGCCCGGCAGUUGGUGGGUCUAAACAUGGACCCCGUGGUGUGUGUGGAGGUUGGAGAAGAGAAGAAAUAUACCUCUAUGAAGGAGUCGACAAACUGCCCGUACUACAAUGAGUACUUUGUCUUUGACUUUCAUGUGCCUCCGGAUGUCAUGUUCGAUAAGAUCCUGAAGCUCUCGGUAAUCCACUCCAAAAACCUCUUGCGGAGUGGUACUUUGGUGGGAACCUUUAAAAUAGAUGUGGGCACUGUGUACUCACAGCCUGAACACCAGUUCUAUCACAAAUGGGCUAUGCUAUCUGACUCUGAUGACAUCACAGCUGGCUGUAAAGGUUACAUAAAGUGUGACAUUGCAGUGGUGGGGAAAGGGGACAACAUCAAAACUCCACACAAAGCCAAUGAGACGGAUGAAGAUGACAUAGAAGGAAAUCUGCUCUUGCCUGAGGGCGUUCCGUCAGAGAGGCAGUGGGCUCGGUUUUAUGUGAAGAUUCUUCGUGCUGAGGGGCUUCCCAAGAUGAACACCAGUAUCAUGGCAAACGUGAAGAAAGCUUUCAUCGGGGAAAACAGAGACCUGGUUGAUCCUUAUGUACAAGUGGUGUUUGCUGGACAGAAGGGUAAAACGUCUGUCCAAAAAAGCAGCUAUGAACCCAUCUGGAACGAACAGAUCAUUUUCACGGAGAUGUUCCCGCCACUCUGCAGACGCAUGAAAGUUCAGAUCCGAGACUCGGAUAAGGUCAACGACGUUGCCAUAGGAACGCAUUUUAUUGACCUACGGAAGAUCGCCAAUGACGGAGACAAAGGCUUCCUGCCCACACUGGGCCCUGCCUGGGUGAACAUGUAUGGUUCCACCCGAAACUACACCCUGAUGGAUGAACAUCAGGACCUUAAUGAAGGGCUGGGGGAGGGUGUGUCUUUUAGGGCUCGCCUCCUCCUCAGCAUCGCUGUGGAGAUCCUUGACACCACCUCCGCAGAGAUAAUGAGCUCCACUGAAGUACAGGUGGAGCCAGUGCCCAACGUCUCAGAGAGUGCUACAGGAAAGGUGGAAGAGUUCUUCCUCUUUGGGUCCUUCCUCGAGGCCACCAUGAUUGACAGGAAGAUUGGAGAUAAGCCAAUAAGUUUUGAAGUCACAAUUGGUAACUAUGGAAACCAGACUGAUGGGGUGAGCAAAGCUUCAUCGGUACGUAAGAAGAAGAAAGAUAGCGGAGUGGACAGUGAUGAGGAGGAGUCCGAGCUGAUCCAUAACUCCAGUGAUGAAGAAGCUGAGGAUGAUGAUGGUGACCUUGUGUCUGUGUCAUCCACCCCUCCCAUGAAGCCCGUUGUCACUGACAGGAAUUAUUUCCAUCUGCCAUACUUUGAGAAGAAACCAUGCAUCUACAUUAAGAGCUGGUGGCAGGACCAAAGGAGACGUCUCUACAACUCCAACAUCAUGGACAAGAUCGCAGACAAGCUGGAGGAAGGUCUGAAUGAUGUGCAGGAGAUAAUAAAGACAGAAAAGGCAUUUCCUGAACGGAGGCUGAGGGGAGUCCUGGAGGAGCUGAGCACUGGCUGCAGUCGCUUUGUAACUCUGGCCAACAAAGAUCAGAAUCAGGCUGGAAGAACCAGACUGGACCGGGAACGCCUGAAAUCCUGCAUGAGAGAAAUGGAAAGUAUGGCCCAGCAAGCUAAGACGAUCCGCUCCCAAGUGAAGAAAAACACAGUUCGAGACAAACUCAAACUGGUGCUUAAUUUCCUGCAAAGACUCCGUUUUCUGGCAGACGAGCCCCAGCACAGUAUCCCUGAUGUGUUUGUUUGGAUGAUGACUAAUGGUAAACGAGUGGCAUAUGCACGCAUCCCUUCCAAAGACAUCCUCUACUCCAUCGUCGACGAGGAAAUGGGCAAAGACUGUGGCAAAGUUAAAGCUGUCUUUCUAAGGCUCCCAGGCAAGAAAGGCUUCGGCCCAGCUGGGUGGACAGUGCAGGCCAAACUAGAGCUGUAUCUGUGGCUGGGACUGAAUAAACAGAGGAAAGACUUUCUGAGUGGCCUGCCCAGUGGCUUUGAGGAGAAUAAAGCUGCUAAAAGCUCUGGUCUACAGUCAGUCCCUCCCAUCAGCCUGAUCUAUAACAUGAAGCAGGUGUUCCAGCUGAGGGCUCAUUUGUAUCAGGCUCGCAGUCUGUUUGCUGCUGACAACACUGGCCUGUCUGACCCCUUUGCCCGGGUCUUCUUCUCCACACACAGUCAGGUCACAGAGGUUCUUAGUGAGACCCUGUGUCCUACGUGGGACCAGCUGCUGGUGUUUGAUAAUGUAGAACUUUAUGGUGAGGCCAGUGAACUCCGUGAUGACCCCCCCAUCAUUGUGGUCGAAAUCUAUGACCAGGACACUGUGGGCAAGGCUGAGUUCAUCGGCCGGACAUUCGCAAAGCCUCUGACUAAGAUGACUGGCGAGCAUUACAGCCCUCCACGGUUUCCACCCCAGCUGGAGUAUUAUCAGAUCUAUAGGGGAAACUGCACAGCAGGAGAACUGUUGGCUGCAUUUGAGUUGCUGCAGAUUGGGCCUGCGGGUAAGGCAGAGCUCCCUCCCAUAGACGGCCCAACAGACUGCGAACGUGGGCCAAUCCUGCCCGUGCCACUGGGCAUUCGUCCUGUCCUCAGCAGAUACCGGAUAGAGGUUCUCUUCUGGGGUCUAAGAGACUUGAAAAGAGUGAACCUGGCCCAAGUGGACCGUCCUCGUGUGGAUAUAGAAUGUGCGGGCAAAGGGGUUCAGUCUGCACUCAUCCAAAACUACAAGAAGAACCCAAAUUUCAGCACUCUGGUCAAGUGGUUUGAAGUGGACUUGCCAGAGAAUGAGCUGCUUCAUCCGCCGCUGAAUAUCCGUGUAGUCGACUGCAGGGCGUUUGGCCGGUACACACUGGUGGGCUCGCACACCGUGACAAGCCUCCGCAAAUUCAUCUACAGUCCCCCUGACAAGACUGCCAAUAACUGGGCCCACACAGGUGACAUUUUGGUCAACAUGGACCCAGAGCCCAGCGUAAAGAAAAUGGAAACUGUGGUCAAAUUAGAUGCUACAUCUGAUGCAGUUGUAAAAGUUGAUGUGAAUGAGGAUGACAAGGAGAAAGAGAAGAAGAAAAAGAAGAAGAAAAAGAAAGGAGAAGAAGUAGAUGAGGAAGAGAUGGAUGAGAGUAUGUUGGACUGGUGGUCAAAGUACUUUGCUUCAAUAGAGACAAUGAUGGAGCUUCUCCGAGCCCAGGAGGCAGCCCUGGCUGAAGCGGAGGAGAGAGAAGAUUUGGAGAUUGCAGCUGAGACAACAGCUGAGAUCAAAGCUGAUGACUUUCAUCUGAAAGGCAACAAAACUAAGGAGAAGAACAAAGGGAAGAGCGCAAAGGACAAAAAGAAGAGCCACGCCAGUGACGGGUCAGAGAAACGACAGAACAAAGUUAAAGUAGACGAGCUUCUGGUGUAUAAUAAGGAGCUGGAAAGUGAGUUUGAGAAUUUUGAGGACUGGCUACACACCUUUAACCUGUACAGAGGGAAAGCAGGAGAUGAUGAUGAAAACAGCAUGCCAGAUGAAGACAGAAUCGUGGGCAGAUUUAAAGGGUCUCUUUGUAUGUAUAAGCUGCCUUUGGGUGAGGAGAUGGUCAGGGAUUCAACGUUUGACCCAAACAUGGGCAUGUUCCAGAACAUUCCGCACAACGAUCCCAUUAAUGUUCUAGUCAGGGUUUAUGUCAUCAGGGCCACUGAACUGCACCCCGCAGACAUAAAUGGCAAAGCUGACCCAUACAUUGUCAUCAAACUGGGAAAAUCUGAGAUUAAAGACAAAGAAAACUACAUCUCUAAACAGCUGAAUCCUGUUUUUGGAAAGUCGUUUGACAUUGAAGCCACGUUUCCGAUGGAAUCCAUGUUGACGGUAUCAGUGUAUGACUGGGAUUUGGUUGGCACCGACGAUCUGAUUGGUGAGACUAAGAUUGACUUGGAGAACCGUUACUACAGCAAACACAGAGCUACCUGUGGCAUCGCAUCCAGCUACUCUGUCCAUGGUUACAACGUGUGGCGGGACCCCCAGAAGCCCACUCAAAUCCUGGCCAAGCUCUGUAAGGAGGGAAAGCUGGAUGGACCUCAUUACGGACCUGGGGGAAGAGUCAAAGUCGCAAACCGUGUCUACUUUGGAUCCACAGAGAUUGAAGAUGAGAAUGGUCUAAAGAAGCAGACAGAUGAGCAUUUGGCCCUGACUGUGCUGAAACACUGGGAGGAGAUUCCCCGAGCGGGCUGCAAACUGAUACCCGAGCAUGUGGAGACCAGAGCACUACUGAACCCAGACAAACCUGGCAUCGAACAGGGGCGAAUUGAGAUGUGGGUGGAUAUGUUUCCCAUGGAUAUGCCUGCUCCUGGCCCAGCCAUCGACAUAUCACCACGCAAACCAAAGAGAUAUGAGCUCAGAGUGAUUAUAUGGAAUACAGACGAGGUAAUUCUGGAAGACGAUGAUUACUUCACAGGGGAAAAGUCCAGUGACAUUUUUGUCCGGGGCUGGCUGAAGGGACAACAGGAGGACAAACAGGACACUGACGUGCACUAUCACUCUUUGACUGGAGAGGGAAACUUCAACUGGCGAUUUGUGUUUCCCUUUGACUACCUGAUGGCGGAGGAGAAGAUCGUCAUGUCCAAAAAGGAGUCCAUGUUCUCCUGGGACGAAACGGAAUAUAAGAUUCCUGCUCGCCUCACGCUCCAAGUUUGGGAUGCAGACCACUUUUCUGCUGAUGACUUCCUGGGCGCAAUUGAGCUGGAUCUAAACCGGUUUCCUCGUGGAGCAAAGACAGCUAAACAGUGCUCCAUUGACCUGGUUCUGAAUGAGCACGAACUACCAACCGUCUCCAUUUUCAGGCAAAAGAGAGUGAAGGGUUGGUGGCCUUUUGUGGCUCGAAAUGAGAAUGAUGAACUGGAGCUCACGGGGAAAGUGGAGGCAGAACUCCACUUAUUGACAGCAGAAGAAGCAGAGAAAAGUCCUGUCGGCCUGGGGCGCAAUGAACCAGACCCGCUGGAGAAACCCAACCGCCCUGACACCACCUUCCUCUGGUUCCUGAGUCCACUGAAGGCCAUCCGCUACCUGCUGUGUAACCGUUACAAAUGGCUGAUCAUUAAAGUGCUCCUGGCCCUGCUGCUGCUAGUCAUGCUGGGUCUGUUUCUCUACAGCUUGCCAGGAUACCUGGUCAAGAAGAUGCUGGGAGCUUGA